AUGCAGCUAUCCAGCACGAACUCCGUGGAAAUCGAUCUGCUCAGCCAGGAGGAGGUCAAUGAUAGCCGAGACGACCUUCCCGCAUCCAACUCCAAGACCCCUGCGCCCUGCGACGUCACAGUCGAAAGCGAGGAGGAUGCCGUCCUGCUCACUCCACAGAAGCCUGUGAGGGCAAGAAAACAUCCCUCUUCGCCUGCGAAGAUCUGGUCUUUUGCGAGAAGGUCCCUGGGCAGACAUGUCGACAGCUCAGGUUGGGUAGGCUCCCGCCCGACUGAAGCCGCUGAAGCCUGGGUCUUUCCAGCAUGUCCUGGUGGACGACAGUCGGCUGUCUCUUCCCAUGCUGGGCCGGAAUGCGAGCUGGUCGAGAACAGGAACGACCUGGAGGACGACGACGAUGGCAACGAAGCUCGCGUGGUGAGCUUCCGGCGCAGUUGCAUGCUCCCCGACGAUGUAGGCAUUGAACACCCGGACCCCCUUUGCGAGCCACAAGCGAUCCGUGACACGAAGCCAGAACCCUUCACGGGGCAGGACUCGAUCCGCAUUCCCCUCCGCCUCUUGGAGGAUGGAAAGCUUUCAUCGCCGCAGCUCGAGGCCGUGGGUCUGGCGGCACGUCGUUUUCAGCAGCGCCUGCCAUCUGGAGCUCGUUGCGGAUUCCUCCUGGGAGACGGCACUGGUUGCGGCAAAGGUCGCUGCAUCGCAGCCCUCAUCUUGGACCAAUGGAACAGCGGCAGUCGUCGUCACGUGUGGCUUUCAGCGACCGCGGACCUGUACCAGGAUGCCAUACGGGAUUUGCAGGAUCUGAAGACUGGAAUUCCAGUAUGCAAUUUGGCCCGUGUCCGCACGCGUGGCGAGCUCGAUGCUGCUCACAGUGCAGAUCCAGAACUUGCCAAGCUCGGCAAGAACAAGGACGGAGUCUUGUUCCUCACCUAUGCCCUUCUGGUAUCCUCAGGUGGGUCAUCCAGCAAAAAGUCCAACAUCUCUCGCUUCCAGCAGCUUCUGGCCUGGCUUUGCCACCGAGGACCAAGAGGAAGCGGGCUCAUCGUUCUUGACGAAGCCCACAAAGCCAAAAAUCUGGAUGCCGGCUCCCGGUGCGCUGCACUGGUAGAGGAGCUGCAAGCUGCCUGCUCAGACUGCCCGGUGCUCUACGCGACAGCUACCGGUGCCACUGAAGUCUCCCACAUGCAGUACAUGGUGAGACUUGGACUCUGGGGAGAGCAAGGACUCCCUGGGAAGUCCGUGCAGCCUCCUUUCUCCACCUUCGCAUCUUUCAAGAAGGUCGUCGAGAAAGGCGGCGUCACAGCCAUGGAGCUUGUGGCGGUGCAGUUGCGGCUCUUGGGUUCCAUCUCUUGUCGGUCGCUAUCAUACAACGGCACCAAGUUUGAGCUCUGCACGGCUGCACUCAGCACCACCGAAAUCGAGCAGUAUGAUGCUGCAGUGGACCUGUGGUGCGACCUCCGGAAGCACAUAGAGUUGCUCAUCGACAUGGACAUGUUCAAUUCCGAGAAUACAAGACGGGUCGCGGAGUCCCAGUUCUGGGCAGCCCAACAGCGUUUCUUCAAAGGCUUGCUGAUUGCUGCCAAAGUGGCGAAGGCAGUCGAACUGGCCCACGAGGCGCGUCAAGCCGGAGAAGCCGUGGUGUUGUCUUUGUGGACUACAAACGAGGCCGCCAUCAGCAGGCACCUGCAGGGGGCUGGCGGUGACUCGUUUGCUUCGGGGCCUGAGCUGACCUUCGAGCAGUUUAUGACCCAUCUUCCCACAGGCAGGGGUGGCCAGGAGAUGUCUUGGGCCGUCGAGGCAGUGGCCGGCAUCCUGAAGCGACUGAAGCAGCUGAAGCUGCCGCCGAACCCCCUUGAUGAGUUGAUUGAUCGCCUGGGCGGAGCAUCCCGCGUUGCUGAAAUGUCAGGACGCUCCCAAAGAAGCUGCAAGGAUCCCGCUACCGGCGAGGUGAAGCGGCAGCUCCGUCAAGCAAACGCAGGCCGACGCGCACAAUCACAAGGCGUUGCUGGCAUAGAGUCCGUGAACGUGGCCGAACAGCGGGCCUUUCAGACGGGCAAGAAGCUCUUCGCCAUCAUCACGGAAGCCGCCUCUGCUGGCAUAUCUCUUCACUGCGAUCGCCGUGAAUUGAGGGAAGGCGCGGCAGCGCCGAAGCCCAGACGAAUGAUCUGCCUCGAGCUGCCUUGGGCUGCGGACAAGGCGGUGCAGCAACUGGGGCGUGUUCAUCGAUCGAACCAGUUGCACCCACCCAAAUUCACCUGCAUCGUCACUGACCUGGCCGGCGAAGCGCGCUUUGUCUCUGCUGUUGCCAAGCGCCUUUCGCAACUUGGGGCUAUGACCAAAGGAGAUCGCCGUGCAGGCUUCGGAGCUCGGGGAGACGCCUUCGGCUUUGGACGUUUGGAUCUCAUGAGCAGUAAGUACGGAGCUGCCGGCCUGGGCAAGGUCAUGGCCGACCUCCUCACAGGAAAGCCAUCGAUACCCUUCAAUCUGAUCAGUUGGCCCCAGGGAUGGGAGGAAUUCGUGGAACAUGCGCGGACAGCCCUCGAAGUUCAGAAGCUUCCCAUGCAAGGUAGAGAUUACCAGGAUCCCAAGACGCUCAAGAAGUUCUUGAACCGGGCACUGGGGAUGAAGUGCAGAACCCAGGAGGGCUUCUUCGAACUCCUCUCGGCCCACGUGGCCAAGCUGGAGGAAGCUGAUCGGCGAGACGGCCUUCUCGACACCGGUGUUGUGUCACUGAACCACGGUGGCCGCUGGGGACGACUUCAGAGGGUGUCGGAAUUGAAGACGGAGGUGCUGGAAGGUGUGGGGCUUGAGCUGCGUCAUUUGCGGCUCGAGCGUGGCAUGUCCUUCGAGAUGGCAGAGCGCCUUCUUCGCCAGGCGCCCGAAGACGAGGAGCGCGCUCAGGGCUUCUACCUGCGUCCCUUGGAGACCGCGGCAUCUGAAGCAUUGCUCGUGCUGCGGCGAAGGGCCGCGCGUGACAGCGCUGCAUGCUACACGCUGAUCUACCCGCACGACAGCCCCAAGAAUCAGCUGGACGGUCACCUUUGCACACUGGCACGGCUUCGAUCCAGCAGCCUCCUUGCAGUCACAAAGGAGAAAGCCCAGGAACCUUGGGAACGGCAGCACAAGGAUUCAGCGGCACAGUGCAUCCACCGACAACGGAAGCACCACUGUGGAAACAGUGAGUGCAGAGCUGGUUUGCGGAAUUUGGUGGAGACCAUGCUUACCGGACAAAUCCUGGUGCACUGGGACUUUUUGUGCUCCCUACUUGGUGAGAAGGGUACUUCCUUGAUGAGAUGUGAGUUGACAAACAACACCGUGCUCAUUGGCCUGAUGAUCCCACGUCACAGCUUGGCCAUGGUUCGGAAGACGGUGCUCGAACGCGCGUCUUGCGACGCGGAGCCUCAGGUGGAGAAGCACUGGGAGAAGCUGGAGCCAAAGGUUCCCAAGAUUUCGGUGGAUCUUCGCCACUGCUCAGACUCCUCCGACGACGAAGUCGCGAUGCAGGAGGUGAUAUCCAUCCCAGGCCAUCAGUCACCGACAGAUGUAGACAGUCGACCGGCAAAGCGACAUCGCACAAUGAUCGUGGCCAGCGAUGACGAGUAG